CAGUCGAGCCCUGUAGGUUGCCUUUAUAUAUUAGCAUAUAUGUCUGUCCCUCGACCUCUGCCCUGGAAAAAUGGUCCCCCUUUUCAGCGCAACCCGAGGACGCCCUUUGCCUUUCUUCCCUGAAAUCGAAACAUAACCAGUUUCCACCUUUCUCCUCCCUACUCUCUUUCUGUUUCUUUGCGGUGGCGGUGGCGGUGGCUAUGGUAGAAAUGUGUAGCGACCAGAGGGCCCUCCUUUUCCACGUCCUCACCAUCCUAUUCAUCACUGUCGUCUCUGUGCAACAAGGGUAUGGUAAUGGAAGUGUGAAAUUGGAGCUGAUUCACCGCCAUGGUAAUGGUACGGGGAGGAAAUGGAGUAGUUUCCCUCUCCGGCAACUGCUCCACAGAGACGCCAUUCGUUUGGCUGCAAUUUCGGAGAAAUUAUCUAUGGCGAAAACUGAGUCAAUCGCUGCAACUACAAGCAGGAGGCGAAUCCAGGAGAGCAAUGCGUAUUAUUUUUCAGCCUGCAAAAAUGGCACAGUGUCGGGCCAAUUGCCAAUGCACUCCGGCGCCGACGCCGGCGCCGGGCAGUACUUUGUGCAUUUCAGGGUUGGAUCUCCGGCGCAGAGAGUGGUGCUUGUUGCAGACACUGGGAGCGAUUUAACCUGGAUGAAUUGCAAAUACAGUUGCCAUGGAGUUCGAUGCAGGAGGAGGAAGAAGAAGAAGGAAAGGGAUUUCAGAAAGAGGAGGGUGUUCCUUGCAGACCACUCGUCUUCUUUCAGGACUCUGCCAUGCUCGUCCGCCAUGUGCAAGGUUGAUCUUGCCAAUCUCUUCUCUCUGGCAAGGUGUCCUUCUCCCAUGGAUCCAUGUGCCUAUGAUUACAGGUACUCAGAUGGAUCAGCUGCCGUAGGCCUUUUUGCGAACGAGACAGUCACUUUUCGCCUCACAACCGGGAGGAAGCUAAAGCUCCACAAUGUGUUGGUUGGUUGCAGCGAGUCUUCACGCGGGGAGAGUUUCCAGGGCGCCGACGGUGUGAUGGGCCUGGCAUACAGCAACCAUUCGUUUGCAGUGACGGCGGCAGCAAGAUUCAGGGGGAAAUUCUCGUACUGCCUCGUCGAUCAUUUAAGCCCGAAGAACGUAUCAAGCUACCUCAUAUUUGGGUCACAUGACGAGUCGCGCGUAACACUUGGCAGAAUGCGAUACACGGAGCUUGUCCUCGGCGUGCUCUCGUCGUUCUACGCCGUGAACCUCAGAGGCAUCUCCGUUGGCGGAUCGAUGCUCGACAUCCCUACCGAAACAUGGGAUGUGAACGGCGUAGGUGGACUGAUCAUCGAUUCGGGCUCGAGCCUUACGUCGUUGGUUCAACCUGCGUAUCAGCCGGUAAUGGCUGCGAUAAGGCUGACGUUGCUGAACUUCGCGAACUUGAACCUGGAUAUAGGUCCGCUCGAGUACUGCUUCAACUCGACAGGGUUCGAUGAAUCUGCGGUGCCAAGAUUGGCGUUUCACUUUGCUGAUGGGGCGAGGUUCGAGCCGCAUGUUAAGAGCUAUGUCAUCGACGCGGCUCCGGGCGUGAAGUGUCUGGGAUUUGUGCCUGCAGCUUGGCCCGGUUCGUCGGUUAUUGGAAACAUUAUGCAGCAAAAUCACCUCUGGGAAUUCGACAUCGUCAAUCGUAGACUCGGCUUCGCCGCAUCUUCUUGCAGCACCUGAAUGGCUCCGUCCAUCGUUUGUCGUCUUCAUCUUCAUCAUUAUCUCUGUAAUUUCAGUCUUUCUUAUUCCUAUUCUUCAAUCUGUAUACACCACAAAAGUUGGAGAUUGUCUUCUGCUUUGUUUUUUAACUAACUCACAGUGAAGUGAAGAGAUCAGUAUUGUUUACAGCUGCAAACUUUUAUAAGUAUUUUCA